UUAUAAUAAAUGUUCUUUGGUGGUCACAAUUGUAAUUCAUUACUAUAUGAUAGGUAGCAAUGGUGGUAGCAAUGGAAGUAGUAACAGAUUCCCAAGCAGUGCCCCUCGAAGCAUCCCAACAACCCCAUCUGCAGUCACCACUACACCUUUUAAUACCCCUGCACCUUCCUCUGGUACUUUAGCUGGCUCAGGACCAAUCACACACGAGAUGUUCAGCAAUGCUUUGCAGAAUGCCUUGGCAGCUUCUGCAACAAGGGCUUCAGGCCCAUCUUCCUCAUCAUCAUCAGGUGCACCUGCAAGUGCCCAAAUCCCAAACAUUGAUGAAUCCUUACAGCUAAUGCGUGAGAUGGGAAUACCAGACGAAGAAUUAAGUCGGCAAGCUCUGCAAGCAACUAAUGGGGAUGUUCAGGCAGCUGUUAACUUGAUAUUUGCUCAGUGGAUGGCAGAUGACUAGCUUAGCCCUCAAUUUUAAAUUGUCCCGUAAUAUUUUAUGACGUCUUGUCUUCUGGUUGUGUGAGACAUUGAAUUUCUUUUAAGUCAUGAGGAUUAUUUAUAUGCUUAUCAAUAAGCUUAUCAUGAGAAAAGCCAGGAUAUUCAUGAAUAAAUCAUGUGACUCCCAUAAAUACUCCUUGCUACCUGGGUGAUAAUGUUUAAUUUCCAAGAAAAUAAAGGUUUUCUAAUAUAAUAUGGAAGUUGUGAUUUUCAUAAAUGUGUAAUAAAAUUGGAAGUGUAUCCCAUAAUUGUCUUAUGUGUUGAAUGUGUUCUUCAUUUGUUCUGUUUUGAACUUGCAUCAUAAUUUCUUAAAAAUUAACCUUCAAUCAUAAAGCAAUCAUAAAGAAAUAUUUUAUCCAGUCUAUUUUGAUCUGGGCAAUUAUGAGUGCAAAAACAUAAUUACGUAUGUGAACAAAUAAAAACAACCCAAAAUAUAAAACCUCUCGGAAAAUAAAA